AUGAACUUACUCCAUAUUAACGAAGUUAUAAUAACCCUAGACGGGGGAAUCUUGCGAGUGAAAAAUAUUAAAACAUUUUUACAAGGACUUUCACAGAUAUCGAAAUGGGUAUGUACUAACCGCAACCGACGUCGCACCGAACCUGUCUCUUCAGCUCGUCGUCGACAGCGUCCCCCGCCGCCACUAACCUCAGUUAACGUUCCAAAGACCAGAAAGACCUACUGCAAGGGCAAGAACUGCAGAAAACACACCCAGCACAGAGUGACCCAGUACAAGGCCGGAAAAGCCUCGCUUUACGCCCAGGGUAAGAGAAGAUACGACCGCAAGCAGUCCGGUUACGGUGGUCAGACCAAGCAAGUUUUCCACAAGAAGGCCAAGACCACCAAGAAGGUUGUGUUGAGACUGGAAUGCGUCAGCUGCAAGACCAAGCUGCAACUCCCUCUCAAGAGAUGCAAGCACUUUGAGCUUGGUGGAGACAAGAAGCAGAAGGGUCAAGCCCUGCAGUUCUAA